AAGCUGAAGCUGUGUGAAGGAACCCACAGGAUCAGAAAUCGCUGGUGAGAACUGGAGUUGUAACGAAGAAGAAAUCAAAAUUCAGGAAAAUCCCCCUUGCUGACUUCUUAUAGGAAAUUCAGCCUAGCAAAAAGAUGAUGAACAUAGUGGAUUAUGGGAGGAGUGUUUCUCAAUCAGUGAGGAGCACAAUGAAAUCUGAGCUGAAUGAAAAAGAUCCCCCUUUCCAACCUACUACUUUGGAUUAUUCACUAAAUGAGGAAGAGAAGAGAAAGCAAGACAAUGUGAUGGCAUUUAGACGUAAAAUAAGAAAAAAAAGAAAAAAUGAGUUCUCAGAACACCAACUGAAAAUCCUUAAAGAGCAUUUUAAUAGAAAUCCAUAUAUCCACCAUAAUCAAGCCAAGGUCUUGUCUGCUGAAACAGGCUUGACUCCAAUUCAGAUUAGGUACUGGUUUGGUAAUCAAAGAGCAAAAAUGAGGAAACGUGAAGAAUGGCCCAUAAGAAGAAAUGCCCAAGCAGACUCUGUCCUAGAAAAAAACCAUCUUCAUUCAAGCAACUGGAGUUCCCAAGCUUUUUCUAGACCUUCAUCCUUGAGUCGUUUCCAAUCAAAUCCAAUGCAAAUGAACGUUUAUACUCCUAUUAACAACUUCUAUCAACCUCUAAAUGCCUAUGUUUAUCUCCCAGUUUUCCAUAAUUUCAGUGUUGCUGGGCUGAAUUUGCAAGAUGAUUCAACUCUAUUCAAUAUGAGAUCUAUGUCUUAA